UGCGACACGACAAACGGGGAGAAACACAGAAAACGAAGAUGACAGAAGCAUGAACUGUAAGCCGCACAAGACCGUCAACGCUGGAAUGCACAUGAGGGAAGUCAGUCAGUCGCUCUCAGACCUUCGUAGGGAGUGUGCACGUCCCUCUCUUUCCCGUCCCGCUCGCCGCGCCUCGCCAUCCAAGUUUCGCUUUGGUGACCUUGCUGGCUGGUGAAGCAAAACGGCACGCGUCUCAUGAUUGCAGCCUGACCACUCCGCAGCGCUGAGGGAUGGUGCUGUACACGGGGAGCCAAAGGACGCGGCUGGCUGGCCAAAGUAUCGUGGCGGAGGUGGAAGAAGCAAUCGAUGGCUGGUUCAAGAGAUGCUCAACAGGGGAAGACGGGACGGGGAUGGGACGCUCCUCUGGUAUUCGUAUGGGGAGGUCUCGCCCUGUUAUUCCGCCACUCCUCGAGCUCCACCUCAUCCAGCUAGGCAACAAGUUGACAGCGGGAGAAGCGGAGGUGGCGCGGGUGAGAUUCAGAAGAGCAGCUGCCACCAUCAGUACUGCUACGGAAUCACCAGCGGGGCCUGAGUACCUAGUGAGCACAGACCCAGAAGGCAACAGUGUACAGUGCCGCACCGUGUCCUCCAGCCCCUCCCCACCCCACCCACUGCUGGCUCCCUCCCGUGCCCGCUGCUGCAACUGCCCAGAGAGCGCCCCGACGGACCUUCUCGUGGAGCAGCUUGUGAGGACGAUGAGAAAAGUGGUUCUAGAUAUUCUUGAAGACAACGCGACUUCAAGCCUUCUGAGGGCUCGUGUGUCGCGCCACAGGAUCUCCGCCUCUGUGCGAGACGAACGCACCCGCUCCUCUUCCUCUUCCUCCUCUUCAUCCUCCUCCUCAAGUUCCUCGUCAUCAUCGUCCUUCGCCCCCUCGGUCUCCACGGCGCCCUCUAAGGUAGCAGUCAUCGCCGCCAGCCCUCCUGAGGCGGCACUCCAAGAUCCGCCUUCCGUGUCCUCCUCACCUUCCUGCUCCUCCCCGUCUUCCCUCUUCUCCUCCCCAUCUUCCAGCUCCUCCAUAUGUGAGGUGCGGAAGGAGGGCGGAGCUGACGGGAGCGAGGUGUCAGCAGCUCCCGGCGUGGGAGAGGAAGAGGCCAGUGCCUUGGCGGGGGGCGGCGAUCCCUCGUCCGCCACCCAGCGGGUCAAACACAUCGAACCGAUCUUCCUGAGAUGCACGAGGCGUCUGGAGGACAGCCUGGCGGUGUCCCACUCCUUCGUGAGGGCACGCGAGGAAGGGUCACAGCAGGGUGGGCGGGGCGGCCUCUCCCCGGGCAGGCGGGCGCCAGCCUGUGCUUCCGUCGGUGACGAACUGCAGAUUCGUCUCAACGCCAUCCUGCGCUCCAGUCAUCGCGACGGCGAGACCACGCGGCCACCAGGCACACAGAUCCCCGAGGAGGAGGCCGCGCCGUGGCCCUGUGACGCCUCUCCUCACCAAAUCCACCUCCAGGAGGGGCCGCGGCCCCCUGAUGACUACGACACCUGGAGUCAGGCUGAGGACGGCUCCUCUCCGGCGGGCCACGCAACGCCUAGUCCACCCCCCGCCGCCCCCGCCUCCCCUGCCGCACCCCAGAAGUGUCACAACAGCUAUUCGGAAAGCGAAGAGGAAACGCAGCAAUCGUCGCCUCAUCCCCCCUGCCCCCCUCGCCCGCCACGCUGUUCCAUCUUCACCAUCAGCGGCACUCUCGCUGACCCCUUCGGCACCAGCGCCAAGUACUCCCUCAGGAGCCUCUCCACGGCGCACUUUUAUUGAAGGUGGAAAAAAGAAGAAAAAGGGAGGAGGACGAAGAAGAAGAAGCAGAAGAAGAAGAAAGAGGAAGAGGAGGAGGAGAAGAAGAAGAAGGAAUGAAGAAA